AUGGGACAGUUUUCAUCCAGUAUUGCACCUCCACCAAGCAGAAUAUGUAGCACACCAUCGGUAAUUGACAUUAAAAAACUUCUCCAAAAACCUCUCCACAAAUUAACAAAUCUCGAACUAGUUGUUUUGUGUAAACAUUACAAAUUCGAAAGUGAGAAAGUAAAACAAGCUCUGGAGAAGAAUGCCAAAUUUAAUGGAGCAGAUUAUGAUAAACUUUGUAAAAUGAAAACAAAGGAAGAGAUUGAAGUGGAGAAGGAAAGAUUGAUCGAUGUUGUGAAUAAGUAUGUAAAUGAUGAAGGAGAAUCCAAGUUCUUUGUUUAUCAAGUUGUGAUUGCAAAGUUUGAGGAUGAGAGAAAGUUAUUCUUCAUGAAAGAAGACAAAAGUGUUUCAUCAAAUAGCGAAUCUGAAAGUGAAGUGGAUUCCAAUAAUCCAACCACUACAAGUACUUUCCUAAAGUUAUGUAAUAAUAGUACUAGGCCAUAUGUUAACUCUGAAUCUUCUGGUGUAGAGAAUGAAAAUCAAGAAUAUGAUGUUCAAAUUCCAAUAGAAAGCUGGAGAUUAUCACAAGCCGAAUUUAAAGGAGUUGAGCUAGCCAAGAAAAAGAUUAGAGCAUACCUUAAAGAAUUCAACACUACACCAGAGAAGCUUGGAUAUAGUGAAAGUUUAGAUUUGGAAGCUCAAAGAUAUGUCUGUGAAGACAGAUUCAUGCAUUUUCACUUUGUUCGUCCUACAAUGAAGAAAAAUUCAAGAAUUGUUUCCAAUAUUCCAGCAGUUGUGAGCGUCAAGUUGUUGGUUUCAUCUUUAAGAAAACACGAAUUAACCAAGAAGGCAAUGGCUACAUUCGCAGACAUUCUUAAUGUAAAUAAUUAUGGAGUUGUUCACACAGGAAUCUUAAUUGGAGAAUGGAAAAUUGAAUGGUAUGAUAAUUCAUUGGUGAGAGUUGAGUGCGAUUCUGACCAGAAACUUGAUGCUAAUAAUACCAUUGCAGCCAUUGAUAUUGGAGAAAUUGCUGGAGCUGACAAUGUCAAGAAGGCAUUCGAAUUGAUUACAAAAAUUUCAUGCAAUUACAAUGCAACCAAGAAUUAUUCAUUAUUAGGGGCUAAUUGCCAACAUUUCGUUUCAGAUUUAUUAGAGGCAUUGAAUUUGACACUUCCAGUGAGUGAAUCUUUCAAAAUUUAUUUUGACAAAUUGAAAAGAGGAGAAACUGACAGAACUUUCUUUGUGAAUGAAAAUUUGGCAACAUUAUUUAAAACAUGCAACAUUACAAACCCUUAUAUUGGUUUGAAGAACAUUACAUUCGAGAAUAGAAAAUCGUUGGAUGAAUUUUGUCAUUUUCUUGAACAUAUCAAAUAUUUUGACAUUGAGGCAGGUCAAAGUGAUUUUUGGCUUUUGAAGGCAUUUGAUAGGUCAUUUGUUUUGGUUGGGGAGGAUGAAAUUUGUCUUACUUUUGAUUCUACAGGAGUCAAAGAGAAUGGAUUCUUCACAACUAAUGGAGGAAGAGAUCAAGAUUCCAUCACUCAUAUUAAGUACAGUGUUAAAGAUGUUGAUUUCAGUGAUUGUGUAUUAAAGAGGUAA